AAACGGGAAGGGUUGUUUCAUUUUGGAAAAGUAUUUAUCAAGGUACAAAACUUAUCUCACAUGGCUUAAAAUAUAUUGUUGGAAAUGGAAACCAGAUUGAAGUAUGGCAUGAUAAUUGGCUUCCACUAAACCCAUCAAGACCAGCACGCGGAAUGGGAGUGCACAUGUAUCCAUCUCUAAAAGUUAGUGAUCUAUUAACAUAGGGUACUUGUAAUGAAGAGUUUCUUUCUCGAAUCAUCGAACAGGAGGAUGUUAGUCACAUAAAAAAUAUUCGUCCCUCCAUCACCAGAUCCGAUGAUGUAAUCAGUUGGUUAUACACCAAGGAUGGGAGAUACACGGUUAAAUCUGGUUACCACCUCCAGCGUAAAAUCUCUCAUGAGGCUUCCCAAGUCGAAGAUUCAAUACUCAAUAGUGUUGUAUCCAAGACAUUUUCACAGAUUUAGAAUCAAAAAGUUCCUCAAAAAAUCAAACACUUCUGGUGGAGAUGUCUUCAUAAUGCAUUACCAACGACAGAGAACCUCAAAAAAAAGAAGAAUAAUAGGAGAUAAUAACUGUCAAAGAUGUGGUGAAGCUGUGGAGAGUAUAAAUCAUCUCCUUUUUCAGUGUAGAAUAAGUAAGGAGAUUUGGAACCACUCCCUGGGCUCUUAUCAUUCAGGUACUACUACUUUUUCACAUUCAGUUCAACAAAAUGUAGAUUUUUUGCUGAAUUUAAAUAACAGCCAAAGAAAGGAUGUAAGUGUUUUCCCUUUCAUUGGUUGGCAUAUAUGGAAAGCAAGAAAUGACCUUCUCUUCAAGAACAAAAAACAUUCCAGAUAUUAUCAAUGGAGCUUUUGUGGAUUUACAAUAUUGGAAAGAUUGUUUACUCUAUAACCAAGCAGAGCCAAAUAAUGGAACAUCUCAAGGAGAAGCAAAACAGUAUUUGGCAAAAAAGGAGAACACAGGAGAUAUAAAUAUGAAGACCAAUGAUUACUGUUGUUUUGUUGAUGGAUCAUGGGUCUCUCCUUCUGAAAAUGCAGGAAUUGGUUGGGUGCUUUGCAAUUCAUAUGACCAAAUCAUAUUCCAAGGAAAAGCAUCUGUUAAACCAAUGAACACACCUCUUGAGGUAGAAGCUGAGGCAUUAAGGACGAACAGAAGAAUCAAGAGGAGCACUCUAUCCUUGCUACUUAUCUGGCGGAUAUAAGGAAUCUUAGUAGAUCCUAUGAUAAGAUUUCUUUUGUAAAGAUCCCUCGUAAUAUAAAUUUUAAAGCUGAUAGUCUUGCCAAACAUGCUAGAAUGCAAAAGUUAAGUUAUGUAAUAUCAUGGA